AUGGCAAACGAGCCUGUUGACUCGACUGAAGCGAUCGAUGAUGAUUGGCUGAAACCCCCGGCCAGUACUCUGGGACUUCAUCAGGUGUACCCGGACCCCAAACUCAAGAGUAAACCAAUAAUAGAUGUGGUCUUCGUUCACGGUCUUGGUGGCGAUUCCUACUCCACAUGGACCAAGGACAAAUCUCUGUGGAUUCGUGACUUGCUCCCGCAGUCAGAAUUGUUUCAAAACGCAAGAAUAAUGACAUUCGGAUACGACGCGCGGGCCUUCUUGACGCCCUUUGCUUCACAGUAUUCACAUGGGCGGGUCUUUGUUUUUGCGGAAGCUUUGUUGAGCGACCUCAAGGACAAGCGUGCGGCUGCCGCAGCGAAGAAGCGCCCAAUCAUUUUCGUCGCCCACUCUCUCGGCGGCAUCGUGGUCAAGUCCGCUCUACGACAUGCUCAUAUGCUCCCGGGCUUAUACGGAGAUAUUCUCCAGUCGACCAAUGCCAUUGUGUUUUUUGGCACGCCUCACCAAGGUAGUGAUCUCGCCGUUUGGGCCAGUUUUCUAGGGGGUCUUGGCCGGGUUGUCCGACUUCGCAACACGCGAGUAGUCGAUGAUUUGAAGCGCUGGUCGAAUCCGCUGGUUGAGCUGACGACAGCGUUUGCGGAAAUGUGGGAACGGUUUGAUAUCACAACUUUUUACGAGACGAAGAAAACCCACGGCGUUAUGAUGGUUCCUGAAGGUGCUGCCAAAGUCGGCCAGAAGAAUGAACAAGCGAGAGCGCUUUUGGCAGACCACGUGGGAGUUUGCAAAUUUUCCGUUGAUGACCCAAAUUGGGUAUCUGUGCAGGGGAGACUGAACGCUGUCGCAGAGAAGAUAUACGAGCAACUGGAGGUAGAGACCAAUGGUGUCAAGGGUGAUAGUAUUGAGGACCUGGAGCAGAGGCUCAAGAAUAUCAAGGGACUAGAACCGCCCAGCAGCUGA